AUGACUGACGAUCCAGACUCGCCUCAUAGGCGUUUCCUCCGUGCACAGACUGCUUCGAGUCUACAAUAUCCGACUCUUCCACCCCUGACAGCUUCUGUCGAGGAGUGGUUGUCCCGUUCACGGCCUACCAAUAUGACGUCAGAUCAACUUUCUGAUCAUUCAGCCAAGACCCUGAGUGAUAGCUGGGCAACUCUGAGUGUAUCUGACAUACGCUCAGAGGAUGGCAGCCACUCCGAACAAACUGAUACAGGCUCGUUAAUCGACCAGGCCAGCCCUGACGACGUUUCAAGCCUCGACGAACGCUACAGCGGUAGCGAGGCCGAGGCGCAGGAUGAAGACAACCAAGAGGAUGAUGGGAUAGACAGAGAUGAAGUGCAGUGCACUGGAUCAGUCUCCCAGGAGCUGCCUGCCCUCUUUGCCGCCAGACGAACCACUAUUGAUGACAGCACCACAACCACAAAGCCCUCCUUCCCCCACACCAGUGAUUCGAUCGAAUUUGUGGAACCCGAGAAGUGGCCUGAGAUCGAAAGAGUAGAGCUCAAGCAUACUAUCCGCAUCUUCGAAGGUGCUGCAGCCUCAGAAUUAAAGGGUCGACUGCCCUACAAUUCAACUGACUCCAUCCUCAUGGCUACGGUUCAACAGACCAUGACGAAGCAGAGCCUCGACCUGGAUAAACCUUUCCGCGUGCUCUAUGUCGGACAACCUGGAUUCCGAAACAUCAUUCUCGACAAGAUCGGCGAUGUUCUGGUAUCAAGCUCAUGUGCUGGUUCAGAGACCAGCUCGGCCGAAUCUUCCCGAUAUCAUGUCGUGCCAACCUCAUUUGGCGCCGGGGCUGUCCCCAACUUUGCGGAACUUCUCCCGAUUCAUGUUCAGCUGGUGGUUGAUGAAUGUCUGGAAGCCACGGCCGAUCCCCACGCGGAUCGACCCAAUACACUUCACCUGAAGUUCAAGAAUCGGCCUGUCUGCACCUCGGCUUGGAAUGGGUCUGACUACCAUGUAACAUCUGCAACAGAUUGGACUCUACCAGAUGUAGCAAUUCUCUUUGUCUCCGGCCUCGAUGAUGCGGCAGCCGUCAAGACCCAGCGCCUUGCCCAUAUAUUCCUAGAACGUCAUGGAGUCCCGGCGAUGGUGAUUUCAGAGGAGCCACUGUGGAAGAUGGCCGGAGAGGUGAUCCCUCUUAACCACAACAGUUUGCACACAUGCUUGGAAUCCCGCCAUCCAGUUUCCGGGGAGACCGCAGUCCUCCGACGGUAUCCUAUCGAUUUGAAGACUUUUGAGAGCAUCACGCCUGGUCAGUUGAAUCGAAACCUGGCUUCUCUCGUUGGCUUGUAUCCAAGGAAGGCGCAUAAAGUUACUGCCGAUACUCCCAAGCCUCUUCAGAGACACAUAUUUGCGGAUCUCGAGAAGUAUCCUGGUAAUUGGCUCCCGCCUUCGUAUGCCACACGGGCCCGAGAGUUGGGCCCCACGCUACGUCUGGUUACUUUGACUCUCAUUUCGGCCAUUGCCAUAUCUAUUGGGUAUGCGGCUGUUAGAGUCUUGGUCGUCUUUCUAGUACAAUUCUUUGCUGGAUCGGCUUUGUCCAAUGCAUCGUUCCCAGUGGCUUCCCAUAUACCUCCAACCUCUGUUCUGACUCUGGAUCGAGUGGUACAAACCUCAAUCUCCACACGGCCGUCAGCUCCUAUGCGGAUAUCAUAUGUGCCCUCUUGGGGAAAUUCAAUUCCCGAAGGUGUCAACGUGCCAACUAUCUCUACCGCUAAAUCAUCGGGAGCGACGAACGAAUUUGAGCUUCAGGUUGUUGGAGACUGCCAUGUUAUCAUCAAACCCCCACAUAAGUUUGCGUCGUCCAAAAAACAGCCACAAUUUAAUGUUAGCAUUCACAGAGAGAACAAGCCUCUUACAUACGAGCUGUCUCAGCUGUUUGAUGGAGUCUAUACACUGAAAUUGAACCGAGAGGAUGCGUACGGGUUGCUCAACUUGACGAUCACAACCAAGUCAAAACAGCCAAUCAGCCAGACCAUGGCUCUUGACUUCGGAACUCCGUGGCUGAAGAUCGCAAACUGGAAGCGGGCAGCACAGGGAAUUUCUUCCCAGUUCGCUAAGGAGAUUCAUACGGCUCAGACUGGCUUGACUGAGGUAUGCGGUCGCCUCUCCACCGAUUUACAGGUGAUCGUGGGAGAUGUGGUGAAGAGAACCCAUCUCUUGCGCCGCGAUGCCGAAAAUCUACGCCGUGAAAGUCUAAAUGCACGCGAUGCAGUUUUAUCACGGUCAAAGCAAAUUUCAGAGAUCUUGACUCGCAAUACUAUCCAGCGGUUCCGAAGUGUUUCUUCUGUGCUGCAAACGCGGUCUGGUCGCGUGAACAAGGAAACCAAGGGCCUCGUUCAUGAUGCAUGGAGCCGAAUUGGGAAGUCAGCGACAAAUAUUGACCUUCGCAGUAUGAUGGAUCGAGUGCGCAACGUUAGGAAAUGCAAUGCGCUGGAUCGGGCUCAGUCGCGUGCUCGACAUGUUAUGGGAUUACGGCCCGGCAAACCCAGGGAUUGCUCAACCCGUGGCUCGAAAUGA